AUGCUUCUUCCCAAGGGCGGAGUGAAUUGGAAGGCGGCCAAAGCUCGACUGCCGCCUUCGCGAGCUGUUUGGCACUUCCUCACCCGCACACGCUUUCUUCUCUUCGUCGCCGUCGCCGGUGUCAUAUUAUUACUAUGGCGGGGCUUGAGCGACACCGCGGGCGAGAUGCAAAGAUUCGUCUGCUGGGGCCCCUCAAAAUCGCCCAUGGAUAUGUCGACCAACGAACGCGAAAAGUGGAUGGCCCACCUAACCACACCCGUCAUCUUCAACCACCAUACUCCCGUCGAGGUCAAUUCCACGACGAUAGAGCGCAUCGACCUCAACCCUAUCAAGUCAGGGCCCAAGGCCCUCCAGAACGAGGAGCGUGUCCUCAUCCUGACGCCGCUUCGCGACGCCUCGUUCUACAUCAACCAACACUUCGAUCUCCUCUCGCAGCUCACCUACCCGCAUCACCUCAUCGAUCUCGCCUUCCUUGUUUCUGAUACCAGCGAUGAUACACUGGCCGUGUUGGCCAAGGAGCUCGAGCGCGUCCAGAAGGAUGAGAACAAUGCUUUCCGCAGCACCAUGAUUGUGGAGAAGGAUUUUGGCGUCGAGACCAGCCAGGACGUCGAGUACAGGCACAGCUUUGAAGCGCAGGGCCCUCGCCGUAAGGUCAUGGGCCGCGCCAGAAACUACCUGCUCUCCGCCGCCUUGAAGCCGGAGCAUUCCUGGGUGUAUUGGCGCGACGUGGACAUUGUAGACAGCCCGAAGAAGAUCAUCGAGGAUUUCGUCGCCCACGACAGGGACGUUCUGGUCCCCAACAUUUGGUUCCACCGCUACCAGGAGAGGGACGGCAAGUUGGUCGAUAUCGAGGGCAGGUUUGACUACAACUCCUGGGUUGAGUCGGACACGGGCAGGAAGCUCGCGGCUUCUCUGGAUAAGGAUGUUGUCUUGGCUGAAGGUUACAAGGAGUACAAGACGGAGCGUACGUACAUGGCGAAAAUGGGUGAUUGGCGCGAGAACAAAGAUGAAGAGAUCGAGCUUGACGGCAUUGGCGGAGUGAACAUCAUGGUCAAGGCGGAUGUCCAUCGCUCAGGCAUCAACUUCCCCUGUUAUGCGUUCGAGAACCAGGCCGAGACGGAAGGAUUCGCGAAGAUGGCCAAGCGCGCCGGCUACAAGGUCUACGGUCUUCCGAACUACGUCGUCUGGCAUAUCGACACCGAGGAAAAGCCCGGAAACGCGUAG